AUGAGUUUUGAGAAACGAAAUAACUUCCGUAGAUUUAAUCCUCUUUUGAAUGAAUGGGUUAUUGUUGCCGCCAAUAGAAUUAAUAGACCCUGGUGUGGGGCGCAAACGAAAUCGGAUGACGACAAAGCUCGUUUCCAGCAUCAGGAUAGUAUCAAUCCUUUAGCUCCGAAGGGAGUUCGUUCAAGUGGGCAGAUUACUCCGGAGUACACCUCUACUUAUGUUUUUGACAACGAUUUCUCUUCAUUCACUGAGUAUGCUGAGGACAGCGAAACCGUCGAUGAGCCCUUGUUCAAGCAAAUGCCUAUAAGAGGUGUUUGCCGAGUCAUAUCUUAUCAUCCUGAUAGCUCCAAAUCAUUUGGCAACCUUACUGAAGCUGAGAUACUAGAUGUCAUAAAAGUGUGGUUGACGCAAUUCAAUGAACUGAAAUCGAAAUAUGAAUGGAUACAAAUUUUUGAAAACAGAGGUGCUGCUGUUGGUUGUUCGAACGCUCAUCCUCAUGGUCAGUUGUGGGCUGGGAACUUCUUACCUAACAUACCUCAGAAGAAAGACACAAACCAAAAGAAUUAUUAUGAGAGCACAGGCAGGGUUAUGUUGGUGGAUUACUUAACAGAAGAAAAAAAGAAAAAGGAGCGAAUAGUUUUGGAGAAUGAGCAUUGGACUGUUGUAGUUCCCUAUUGGGCAUUCUGGCCUUUCGAGACUAUACUAUUGCCUAACAGACAUAUAAGGAGAAUGGAUGAAAUCACUGAGGCUGAAGAGAAGACUUUGGCUGCGAUAAUGAAGCAGCUGGUCAUCAAGUAUGACAACAUAUUCAAGUGCUAUUUCCCAUACAGUAUGGGAUGGCUUGGAGCUCCUACAGGAGAAACACAAGCUUCUGAUCAUUGGCAAUUGCAUGCUUCUUUCCAUCCACCACUACUCAGAUCAUCUUCUGUUCCCAAAUAUUUAGCUGGAUAUGAAAUGUUUUCGGAAUGUCAAAGAGAUAUGACUCCUGAACAGGCUGCUGAUAUCUUGAGAAACCAAGCAGGAGUUCACUUCUCCAAGUCUAGUCAAGAAUAG